UAUAUGAACUUUCUCAAGAAUCCAUAAAGCUAGCCCUGUUGCACUCAUCAGAACACCAGAUUCAACAUCGGUCAUGCUCAAAGGACAAGUGCCAGGUCUCCUACUACAAACCAUUUCAUGCAGUCUGCAUCUCACCAUACUGGUGUUCCAUGGGAAAUCCCUUUAGUGUGACACCAUGUGUUUUAGGGAAGGUAGCAAGAGGUGCUGAGUUCUUUCCAGGUUGCCGUGUGUUAGCAAGAAGAGAGGUAGAUGGAUUCUACUACUUGGGGACAAUUGUACACCAGCUACAGGACAGGGGAGGACUCUUUAUGGUGACAUUUGAUAAGUGUUUGCCCAAAGAUGACACCAUGAUGGAAAUCAUAUCACCUCAGUUAACAUGCCAACCUGACAUGGUGAAUAUAACACAGGCACACAAGCACAGUAUAGUACCAGGAGACACGGUAUUAGCUCCUUGGGAAUUUCAGAUGAGCAGAUAUGGUCCUGGCAGAGUUGUUUCAGGCAUGGAAGUAAGAGAUUCAGUGAAGGGUGGAAUGGGAGAUGGUCUAGUGGUGCUGUUUUGGAAUGGAAUCAGACUGCACGUUCCAAAAGACCUGGCUGUGUGGAUACCUGCUUCUCACCAUGAGCAAAUAAUCAGGGAACUGCAGCCUAAUGUGCUCAGACCAGGCUGCUUAAACCACAGCCACUGUAGUCACAUUAACUGGUCACCAGUCUGCUGCAUAAAUCACAUUAAUCACUGUCUUUCAACAACUCCCUCAAUGUGCCUUUGCCCAAUGAUGAACUGUCCCCUCUCUAAUCAACGCCUUCUUAUGGACAAUCAAUGGAAGGCGCAGGAGAUUAAACCUGACCAAGUAAAUGAGCUGACAGCUUCUCAGGAGAUGAAGACUGAUUUGUCUUCUUCAGACUCAAGCGAAAAUGAGGAAGAAGUUACAAAUGAAAAGUUAAAUUCCACACCAGAACUGGUGAGCUGCUCAGUGAACACGGAGAUCUCAUACCUGAAUAAGUUCCAUACUGAGCCACAGAGUAGACCAGCCUGGAGGUACUGGAGAAGAGGUUCCCCAGAGCCACACCACAAAAAACCAGGGCAAGUAACUAAGCCUCCAAAUCCAGGUUAUUCUUGCCCUGGAAUAAACAGUGAUUCUGGAUAUUCCUCAUCCAGUUUUGCAUCCACAAAUCACAGUUCAUUAUUUGAAAUGGUUCCACAUUCAGUAAGAAGAGGUAUAACAGUAAGAGAGGUAUUUGGCUGGACUGUACAAAAACCACUUUCUGAAGCACCAUCUCCAUUGGCUUUUGCAGUAAAGAAAAUUUCAGGUGAACCAAGAUCAUAAAACCCCUUAAAUAACUCAGUAACCUCAAAAAACAUUUGAUAUGACAUUUGCACAAGCUGCAAAUGAGAUUUACUAGGGAUGUAACUCUUGAUUAUAGUUUUUGAAUAUUCUUUAAAUGAUAGCAUGACAAAAGAUAUCAAACAACAAUAAAAUUAUAUCAAAUUUCUAAUUUUAUAUAAUUUUUUUAAUGUAAUGCAUUGUUGUAUUCAAUUUAAACUCUCAGCAAUGCUAUCUAGUGACCAGGACACAGAUCAUUUGCAUUUAGUGACGCCCACAAAACUCACCCAAAAAACAUAAAAGGUCAAACUCAGAGAGGGCUGGAAACACAAAAUGAACAGUGAAAGAAAAGGCAGAAUGCCUGAGGUGAAAGUUAUAUUGACUCACUUCUAUGCCAGCAGAAAAUUUUCAGCAGUUUAACAGCACCUUAAAGGUCAAAAUUUAGAGACGAAUUACACAAAAUAUAAAUUAAAUAAAAUGUAAAGAAAAUGGUGAGACAUGAAAAUGGAGGAUAGAGAAAAUCUACACAGUAUUUAUGUGAUCAUGAAUACCAAGUACAUCACACUUGGAAACCUAUUUUAAAAUUGUUUUAUUUGCCUUGGCUCACUUGCUGGAAGUGUUGCGCAGUGUUAAAAGAAGAUGCAGUGGGAAACAGAACCCCUUUGUAAGCCAGUUUCAUCCUCUGAAAAAAUAAACAUCUUUUCCCUCAUAAGCGUGACCUCAAGCUUCUGUCAGCUGAGGCAUUUUCUUAUGGCUUAUGGCUAUGCACAGACCGGCCCAUUGGCAUUGAUUUAUUUAUUUAUAAUUGAAUAAUUAAUUUAUG